GUCAGUGUUGACUGUUGCUUGUGAACAGACUGAAGUACUGCUUUUUGACCCAAUAUCUUCAAAGCACAUCAAAACUCUCUCUGAAGCUCAUGAAGACUGUGUAAAUAAUAUCAGAUUUCUAGAUAAUCGACUGUUUGCAACCUGUUCUGAUGACACUACAAUAGCACUUUGGGAUCUGAGAAAACUGAACACAAAAGUGUGCACUUUACACGGUCACACCAGCUGGGUAAAGAACAUUGAAUACGAUACCAAUACGAGGUUACUGGUAACAUCAGGGUUUGAUGGAAACGUCAUCAUCUGGGACACAAACAGGUGCACAGAAGAUGGAUGUCCCCACAAGAAGUUUUUUCACACCCGUUUUCUUAUGCGCAUGAGGCUGACACCAGACUGUUCCAAAAUGUUGAUCUCAACCUCCUCUGGAUAUCUUCUGAUUUUGCAUGACCUUGACCUAAACAAGUCUUUAGAGGUUGGCAGCUACCCAAUUUUGAGAGCUAGGAGGACUACGUCAAGCUCAGACAUAACAUCAUCAUCAGGUUCAUCUGGUCCUCGAGCCGUUGGUUCACCAUGUCACCAGAAUGAUUCAGGUCCACUGUCUGAGAAACACAUGUCACGGUCCUCCCAGCGAGAAGGUGGAUCACCCAGAAAUAGUUUGGAGGUGUUAACACCAGAGGUUCCCGGAGAAAGAGAUCGAGGCAAUUGCAUUACAUCACUACAGCUACAUCCAAAAGGGUGGGCUACCCUUCUUCGGUGCUCAAGUAAUACAGAUGACCAGGAG